GUGGCAAGGGACUCUGGGCUGAGAGGAGGAAAGGGGUAUUGAAGGCCCCCCACUCCCGGCUUUGUGGCCCUGGGUAACAGCUGUUCCUUCAUUGCAGCAGCCCCAGAGGCUCCCCCAGGCUGCUGGGAAACAGGCAGAGCAGAUCAGGGGAAGUGAGAACCAAGCAUGGGGGUUGCCCUUCAGGGCUUGGGAGUAGGGAGCUCACAGAGCCUGCCUUUGCUUCCAAGAGAUGCCUUAGUGUCUGUAGCUCGAGUGUGUCUGCACUCAUGCUGGUGUCUGCUCAGCAGGUGAGGCCAUCCCCACUGUGCCUGCCCAUGUCUAUGUACCUGUGUGUAUACAUGCACAUACAUGCACACGGGCCUUUGGUUCUGUGUGUGUAACCAUGGCUGCGUCUGCUUGCGGUGGCCCUGGCAAGCUGUGCCCCAGCAGGCAUUAGGAUGUGGUUGGGGCUGGGUAUGGCUGCGUUCGUGUGGACGGCUGCGUGGUGAUGUGCCGGGAAUGCUGCUAACUGUGUGGGCCCCUGCUACCAGGGCUGCGAGACUGGCUGGCCAAGAGCGUUGCUCUGGGGGCUUUGUCCCUAUGCAGCUAUCUGGGUGUAGCUAUGUGUCUGUGUACAGUUGUACCACUCUGUGUUCAUGUGUAAGGCCGUGUGCUUUUCUGUGUGUCCACAUGUAAAGCUGUAGGUCAGUUCAGCUGUGUGUGUGAGUUUAGCUAUCUGUGUGUAGACAUGUCCAUAUGUAUGGCUCUGUGUACGGGACUGUGUGUCCAUGAAUACAGUUGUGUGUCUGCAUGUAAAUUUAUGUGUUACUGCUGCGUCUGUGUGCACAGCUAUGUGUGAGGUUGCACGUACUUCUGUGUGUGUGGCCGUGUGCAUACGCACAGCUCUAUAAGGCUGGGUGUCUUUGUGCACACAGUUGGGAGUCGUGGCCACAUGUCUGGGGGCAGGUCGGGGUGCUGCAACAGGGCUGCUUAGUCCCCUGCCGUGGUCUGCAGAGUGCGCCUCUGGAACUGGUGCUGGUCUAAAGCCCUGAGGUCUUCUGUGAGGCUACCUCAGUGAGAGGGCUGGGGUUGCUGUGCGGCUCCUCUUCCCUCAGCACCCUGCUGCUACCAGCCUCUCUGUUCCAAGGGCCCAGCUCCUCACUCACCGACACCAGGCAGCAGUUGCUUUGAACUAGCCAGAGCUGGAAGACAGUGUAUCUGUCACCAGCCUUGUCUGACAACCCUGAACCCUCAUCCCGCUGUCACCUCACCUCGCAUUAGCAGUGGGGUUUGGGUUUGUUUGGUUUUGGUGUAUUUGUCUGUUUCACAGCUGUGCUUUUCCCAGCACAGUGGGGCAUUAGGUUUCUGUGUCCAAGGACAAAGCCUGUCCUUCCUUGGUGAUACCUUUCCCCCCUAACUGUGACACGCAUAUGUAGAUGCAUGUGCCAGAGGGACCUGGGCUUGGAUGUGCUCAUUAGCAUGUGUCUGCGCUAGCUUUGCCUCUAGUGACACCUGUGGAAGAAAGGGCAGUGCCUGGGAGCAUAGGCAGGGAUGUUGUGCGCCUUGGUACCUAGUGUGUGUGCAGGCUCUGGAGCUAAACCCAGGUACAGGCCCCUCUCCAGACCCUUCAGCACAAGCGGAUGCUGGCGUAUCCACCACCUUCUACCCAGGGGUGUCCUCCAUUCUGCUGCAGGAGGGAAGAAGAGUCAAGAGCAUCUUCUCAGAGCUGUCCUCCCUCUGCUUGGGCUCCAGCUCCCAUUCCCUCCUACGCAUCAGCCAGUUUCAGGAGCCUCUUCUCCACUCCCCUGCCCUUCCAGAUCCCCCUGCCAGCCCCAGCAUGUUCCCUUAGGGUUGACCCUAGCCCCUGGCCCUGCAGCAUCCCCCAUAUUCCCCAGGUUGAUAUAUCUUUGCCAUAAAUGCCCUUUGUAUGUGAGGGUGGGGAUUAGUGAGGUUGGUGGGAGAGGAGGUCAGGGCUGGGUGUGUGUGUGUUGGGGGGGAUGGGUAGCAGCUUUAAAGGUCAUCUGCAGGAAGAGGAGGCCCCAUCCUCCUCUGACCACCCACCCCCCAUCUCUUCCUCCUAGUGACUCAGGCCCCGCUCUCACAUGGGGCCAAAGACACAUGCCCCCACCCCAAGCCUGGCAUGUGGACUGAGCUGCAGUCUGUGGAUUGAGAGAAUGGAUGUGAGGACAGGGACAGACUUGUCGCAGCAGGCUAAGCUACCUAUCUCCCACAUGCCCCCUUCCCUAUCUCCCAGUGGCACCUUGCAACCCUAAGGCUAGCCCCUCUGCUCUCAAAGAUGGGAGCCCAUAACACUGUGUGCACCUCCUGGGGCUCAGUGACCUUUGUAGCCCCAUGUCCCGUGCCCGCUGCUCUGUGGGCUGCAUGCGUUCUGACCGAGGGGUGGAGGGGGCUGAUGGGCACCUGCUCCUGCGCAGAGCGGGAGUGCCGGAGGAUUCAGCACCACGCGGUGGACAGCUCCGGGACGGAAGCCCCGCGAAGACCCAGGAGCCGGAGGCACAGGGCAAGGAGCGGUGCAGGAGUCUGGAGGGAGGCGGAGGCCCGGUUGGGAGCGGGAGAUCCGGAGUGGGGAGGAACGGGGGAGGGGCUGGGGGCGGGCCGGGGCCAGGGGCGGGGCGGGCCGCGAUUGAAAGCGGCCGGGCGAGCGGGCGGGCGGAGAGCGCAGAGCUGCCGAGCGAGGGAGCAAGCCAGCGAGCGAGAGCUGGAACCCUGCGCCCCCGGCUCCUCUCCGUUUCUCUCCGCGCCGGAGUCGGGCACGCCAGGUAGGGUAAGCCCGUGGUGCCGCGGCCGUAGCCAACCUUAUCGAUCCUGACCCCAUGUCCCGGAGACCCGCGGGGCCCUCGAGUUCUGGGACUCCCGGGCCGGGGCGUCCAGACAGUGCUGCCGGGAGCUCCUGGAAGCGGGAAGACUGCCCCAGGCAUCCCGCCUUUCUUCCCCAGAGAACGCACACCCUGCAUCACGUUCUUUCGUUCCUCCUCUCCUUUCAUCCUUUGGUCUGUCUUUCUGUGCCUCUGUCUUUGUGUCAGCCUCCGGGGUUCAAUCACUCCCUACCCAGAUUUCAUUGCCCAGGCCCCCGGGCUGCGCCCCUCUGGGGUUCCGUUUCUUUUCAGGGUAUUGUCCCUGUCCAGAUUUUGGUCCUGGCUGCCCCUGUGGGAGGCUUGUGGUCUUGACCAGUUUGGGCCUCAGCCCCCAUGGGUCCCUUCCCCAUCUGUCCUGGUCUUCACGCUUGCCUCUCUCUCCUGGUUGCCUGGUUGAGCUGCUUCUUUCUGGGUACCCGCAGGAUCCCAGUCUCCCUGCCAUGGCAUGAGGGGGAAGAUUAACCCUGAGUUGCUGAGGGGCAAAGUGAGGAAUCCCAGUCUCUGUGGCCAGGACACGGGGUCCUUGAACUAAUGGCCAUCUUCAGAAGAGGCCUUCUUCAGCCUCAGUUUCCUUCUCCUAGCCUUCCCAAGCCUACAUGAUUGUGAGAGCCUAUGUGGGUUGGCAUCUGGGAGCGUAGCUGAGAUACAAACGAAGCAGAGAGUGGAAGAGGAAAGGAGAAGUCCCUGAGGGCUAGGGCCAGGGUGGACAAGAUGGGGAGAGGAUGAGGAUAGGGAGAUUAGAGAUGGUGACUUUCUCUGCUUGGAUCUGAGCUGAAGAAAACACAGGGGCAUAACGUCUCAAACAGCAUUCUGUGCAGAGCUAAGCUGUCUAAAAGUCUCACCUUGAGCACUGUUUUUCAAAUUCUGACCGUAUGAACUGCCCCUGACCCUGGACACACGUAUGCUCACAUCUGAUCUGCUUUCCCUAUUGAUCUAUGAUCUAAGAUCUAUGGCCACUUCAGUGUCCCUCCCUGGGGCCAACCUCUCCACCUCGCUGUCAAAUUCCCACGGCCUAGAGUCUCUAUUACUUCCACAGGGGGCUCCAUGGAUUUUUAAGAACUAGGGGCUAGGACCCUUGGGUGCUUACCUGGACUCGGGUCCCUCUAGGAGUUGGAAACUACCCUUCGGAGACUUUUCCUUUCCUCUUCCCUGGUGGGUUUCAGCCACAGUGGCCCAUCUCUGGAAAUGCAAGGCUCAGGAUAGGGACUAGACCCCUAAGUUUAUACUCUACCCUGGCCCCUGCUGCAAAGGCCUCGACUUAGGGGUCCUGGGAAGUUUGUGCAACGUCUUGGGAACUCUUUCAUUCGUAACAGGAUUGGUGUUGGUUGGGGUCUCCUGACUUCUGUCUAGUCCUCUAUUCUCUGCCUCCCUCCCUCUAUGCUGAGUAUGCAAUGGACACAGAGCCUAUCUAUAGACCCAGAUCAGGGCAAAGCUGAGAAACAGGCCAAGGGGCUUCUGGGAGCUUCUCAGCCUAGUUUGUGAUACUACGUAUCCCUGGAUCCCUAGAAAAAAGUUCCAAGGGAAGGGAAUUGGGGAAGGCAGAGUUAGAAGGGUAGCUACUCUUCGGGUUCCACUUCUCCCUGUUUGUCUGUCUGUCUCUUUCUCUGCAGGAGCUGGGCCCCUUCUUAAUUCUCUUCCUGCCUGUCCUUUCCUGGUCCCUGUUUCCUCCUUUCUUUGCCUUUGCUGCUUCCACCCUCAUCCCCUGGAGGCCCAGGUCUGUUGGACACAUCCAUCCCCUUUGGGACUAUGGGAUCACUCCUUGGGCUUCUGGCACUGCUGCUGCUUUGGGGCGCUGUGGCUGAGGGCCCCACCAAGAAGGUGCUGACCCUGGAGGGGGAUCUGGUCCUGGGUGGGCUGUUUCCGGUACACCAGAAGGGUGGCCCAGCAGAGGAGUGUGGGCCUGUCAAUGAGCAUCGAGGGAUCCAGCGUCUGGAGGCCAUGCUUUUUGCACUGGACCGCAUCAACCGUGACCCACGCCUGCUGCCGGGUGUGCAUCUAGGUGCGCACAUACUCGACAGCUGCUCCAAGGACACACAUGCCCUGGAGCAGGCACUCGACUUCGUGCGUGCGUCGCUUAGCCGUGGUGCCGACGGCUCACGCCACAUCUGCCCCGACGGCUCUUAUGCCACCCACGGUGAUGCUCCCACUGCCAUCACUGGUGUCAUUGGCGGCUCCUAUAGUGAUGUCUCCAUCCAGGUGGCCAACCUCCUGCGGCUGUUUCAGAUUCCACAGAUCAGCUAUGCCUCCACCAGUGCCAAGCUGAGCGACAAGUCCCGCUAUGACUACUUUGCCCGCACAGUGCCCCCCGACUUCUUCCAAGCCAAGGCCAUGGCUGAGAUCCUCCGCUUCUUCAACUGGACCUAUGUGUCCACUGUGGCAUCUGAGGGCGACUAUGGCGAGACAGGCAUUGAAGCCUUUGAGCUAGAGGCUCGCGCCCGCAACAUCUGCGUGGCCACCUCGGAGAAGGUGGGCCGUGCCAUGAGCCGCGCAGCCUUUGAGGGUGUGGUGCGAGCCCUGCUGCAGAAGCCCAGCGCCCGCGUGGCUGUUCUGUUCACCCGUUCCGAGGACGCUCGCGAGCUCCUCGCAGCCACCCAGCGCCUCAAUGCCAGCUUCACCUGGGUGGCCAGCGAUGGUUGGGGGGCGCUGGAGAGCGUGGUGGCCGGCAGCGAGGGGGCUGCUGAGGGCGCCAUCACUAUCGAGCUGGCCUCUUAUCCCAUCAGCGACUUUGCCUCCUACUUCCAGAGCCUGGACCCCUGGAACAACAGCCGGAACCCCUGGUUCCGGGAGUUCUGGGAGCAGAGGUUCCACUGCAGCUUCCGGCAGCGAGAUUGCGCCGCCCACUCGCUGCGGGCGGUGCCUUUUGAGCAAGAGUCCAAGAUCAUGUUCGUGGUCAAUGCGGUUUAUGCCAUGGCCCACGCGCUGCACAACAUGCACCAAGCCCUCUGCCCCAACACCACCCAGCUCUGCGAUGCGAUGCGGCCUGUCAACGGGCGCCGCCUCUACAAGGACUUUGUGCUGAACGUCAAGUUUGAUGCCCCCUUCCGCCCGGCUGACACGCAGAGUGAGGUUCGCUUUGACCGCUUUGGUGAUGGCAUUGGACGCUACAACAUCUUCACUUAUCUGCGGGCAGGCAGUGGGCGCUACCGCUACCAGAAAGUGGGCUACUGGGCAGAAGGCCUGACCCUGGACACCAGCCUUAUCCCGUGGGCCUCACCCUCAGCCGGCCCCCUGCCGGCCUCUCGCUGCAGUGAGCCCUGUCUCCAGAAUGAGGUGAAGAGCGUGCAGCCGGGAGAGGUCUGCUGCUGGCUGUGCAUCCCGUGCCAGCCAUACGAGUACCGGCUGGAUGAGUUCACGUGCGCUGACUGUGGCCUGGGCUACUGGCCCAACGCCAGCCUAACUGGCUGCUUCGAGCUGCCCCAGGAGUACAUCCGCUGGGGCGAUGCCUGGGCCGUGGGACCCGUCACCAUCGCCUGCCUGGGAGCCCUGGCCACCCUCUUUGUGCUGGGGGUCUUUGUGCGGCACAAUGCCACGCCGGUGGUCAAGGCCUCAGGCCGGGAGCUCUGCUACAUCCUGCUGGGCGGUGUCUUCCUCUGCUACUGCAUGACCUUCGUCUUCAUUGCCAAGCCGUCCACAGUGGUGUGCACCUUACGGCGCCUCGGUUUGGGCACCGCCUUCUCUGUCUGCUACUCAGCCCUGCUCACCAAGACCAACCGCAUUGCGCGCAUCUUCGGCGGGGCCCGGGAGGGAGCCCAGCGGCCACGCUUCAUCAGCCCGGCCUCGCAGGUGGCCAUCUGCCUGGCGCUUAUCUCGGGCCAGCUGCUCAUUGUGGCCGCCUGGCUGGUGGUGGAGGCACCGGGCACGGGCAAGGAGACAGCCCCAGAGCGGCGGGAGGUGGUGACAUUGCGCUGCAACCAUCGGGACGCCAGCAUGCUGGGCUCACUCGCCUACAACGUGCUCCUCAUCGCACUCUGCACGCUCUAUGCCUUCAAGACCCGCAAGUGCCCCGAGAACUUCAACGAGGCCAAGUUCAUAGGCUUUACCAUGUACACCACUUGCAUCAUCUGGCUGGCCUUCCUGCCCAUCUUCUAUGUCACUUCCAGUGAUUACCGGGUACAGACCACCACCAUGUGCGUGUCAGUCAGCCUCAGCGGCUCGGUGGUGCUCGGCUGUCUCUUUGCACCCAAGCUUCACAUCAUCCUUUUCCAGCCGCAGAAGAACGUGGUUAGCCACCGCGCACCCACCAGCCGGUUCAGCAGCGCCGCCACCAGGGCCAGCUCCAGCCUUGCCCAAGGGUCUGGCUCCCAGUUUGUCCCCACCGUUUGCAACGGCCGGGAGGUGGUAGAUUCAACAACAUCGUCGCUUUGAGGACCCCGCAUUCCUGUCCCGACACAGCUGCUCCCUGGGCCCCGGUGCAGAUCUGCAUCCAGGCCCAGGAGGAAGUCAGCUAGAGCACUGCAAUAAGGCCAGUCCCGUGCCCGCCCCCAAGCCACUCUCCCACUGACUCCAGCCCUUCAGAGUCAGAAGUCAGGGUCCUUGGCCCAGGAGCCUCUGCAACAGCCACCAACUGUCCUUGCAGCGUGUCCCCUCCUUGGUAGGCCCAGACUCGGAAGGGAGCAAGCCAGGGUCUACUAGGCCCUGGAACAAGAAGGCUGAGGACUGCUGGCCCCAAUUCCCAGUCAGCAAAGGUGCUUCCAGCCCUGCCCCUCCCUCCUCCUAGGGCCUUUUUAAUUUUUUACAUAAGUUAUUCCGGGAUGGGGAGGAGGGUUCUUGUGGGGAACAUCCCUCCCCCUGCAUAAUAGUUUGUCCUGUGGUUUAUUUUGUACUAUCUGUAAAUAAAGUGUCUUUAUUUAAAAAAAAAAAAAAUUCAUUCAUUGCCUUUGGCCCAGGGAGACCCCUCAGUGCCCUCCAGAGCCUCCCGACCUUCCUUUUGACAGUAUUUGUUAACUCUGCUCUGUACCAGAUGCUCGGAUCCGGGGGCGAGCAAGACAGAUGCAGCCUUACUUGAUGGGGAGAUAGAAAA